ACACACACACCGCGUGCAUAGAGCGCUAGAGUCCAGUAACUUGACCAUGUAAAUGUGUGUGAUUGUGUACUCAUCUAUUCGUGAUUGCCGUCGAAACCGACUGUCCACACGCGGCCUUUAGUGAGAAAGGGGUUAACGUUAAGUAAAUAGACUGUUCACUCGUUUUUGACUGUUGUUAGUGAUAUUAUAGUGCUUGGUAAUGGGAAUAAACUGCGAAGCGGAAGUCUGCAGCAUCCGCAUUGGAAGAAUACAUAAGCGUAAUGGGUAAUUUCUCUGCCUUUGAAAAAGGUGGAUAAAACACUGAAGUGUCGUUCUUUUUAUCAACCAGUGACAACGUGGGCAACUACGUAGUAUUCCGGAGUUUAAUUAAACAAAAACGGAAACAGUUUCUAUAGAACAUGUGGCCACUUUUGACGACAGUGAUAGAGAUUAUUUAUUUACUUUAUUUUAAGGGGUAAACACUUUAAUCGUUCUUAAUUAAAACAAUAAAAAUACACUUUGUUGUUUUUUGUGACAACAUGAAAGGGAAUGAUUUUGCUCAGGGAAUGAAUUGGUUGGCCAACAAUUAAACGGCUCGAUAAUUCAGCGUUCCCCAGCGAGAGGAACAGCUCUUCUCUUCUUAAAAUACUGGCAAAAGGGGUAUUUUUAACUAAAUAUCCUCGUCUAAAAUGGAAGUAAACGGCAUUUCUGCAAACCCUACUGUGAUUGCUGAGGUGUCGCUCUCGUUUCAAGAUGAACUGACUGCAACCCUUCAAAACGCGCUCGGUGUUGCGGCAGAGAUCGCCGUUGUCGAGAUCACCAAACUGCUCGACAGAGCACUCAGAGAGGUACAGAACACGAUUCAAGAAGCUCUACGGGACAACAGUACCCUUAAGUUUAGGUUGCAAACAGCUGAAACACAAUUGUCUACUGUGCGUGCUCGCCUGGACCAACAGCCACAAGGGUUUGAAGAUUUUCCCAAUGGCACUAGAAGUCAGUUGGCGAAAAAAACACCUGGUAUCAGGUGUAGGCUUCAGCGGGGGUGUCGGCAGUUAAAUAACCGUAAUGUCGUGCACUCAAGCCCCAUACAAGAAACCGAGCUCGCUAUGGACUCCGAACGUGAUUAUGAGGUAUGUAGAUCCAAGGAAACUAGUGCAAACUUGACCCAGAGAGGAUCACCCUCUGAGAUCCCAUCUGCAGGUGUGUGUGCUCGGACGUCGGAUACACUGGAAGAAGCAAUCCAACAUAGAUUAGAUGAAACAAAUGACAUAAAAAAUGAGCAGAUGUGUGCUGGGACAGAUGCAGGUGUGCUCAGCGAGGGGUCGUCCUUUGAAGUGGCUGUAAAGGUAGAGAAAGAGGAGAGUUACGGUGACCCAAUCCCUGUGUCUCUCUCUGGAGAGGAGGAGCCCAACUCAGACAGCUUCUCUCUGGCUCAGUCUCAGUUACUUGAAGACUGGAGAACUGAGUCAUUGAAUUCAGAGAGCUACCAAUCAAACCUGCACUGCCAGUCCACCAACCUCCCUCUGGACCUAGAUUUCCUGUCGUCUCCAUCCUCUGGCCAACAUGCCCACUUCUCAAAACUCCACAACAACCACCGCAAGAGCCCCAAGUGCCAUCCGUUUCCCACCGACCAAAGCCAGUAUCAUUGCAGCCUAUGUGGACGAGACUUCAACCGUAAGCACCAUCUCAAGAUCCAUCAGAGGAUCCAUACAGGAGAGAGGCCAUAUGCCUGCUCUGUCUGCAGUGCACGCUUCCGCCAUGCAUUGACACUCACGCGCCACUUCCGCCUCCAUACAGGGGAGAAACCUUAUGCUUGUGUACAGUGUGGAAAAACAUUUCGAAAUGGUGGUGGGCUGAGGUUCCAUCAGUGUUCCAUCACAACAGCUGUAUAAAUCCUCCAUUGAUGUAUAUCAAUAGUGAUAUACCAUUUUAUCCCUGCAUUAACCUUUAAAUUCCAUUAGGGGGCCUAUCUUGCAAAGAGUGUAUUUAAAAGUUGCUUUGAAUGAAAAGCAUCUGCCAAAUCGUUACCCAUUAUACUUUAAUGCAUUUCAAAAACAUUUCUUCCCUAGGUCUGACAAUAAGAUCCUGAAUCUGGACACUACUCUGGUUUCUAAUACUUAAAUAUAAAUGCUUAAAAUUAAACUGUGUAUUUAUCUAUAUGGUACCAAUCAUUUUAAUUAAAUUAUUGCUGUCCUCUUUUGGUAUAAAAGAAGUAGCACGGCACAGUGUCUAAAUAAGUGAUGUAAAGUCUGUUGGUCAUUAUUGCUAAAUAAACUCUAAAAGGUCUUGUGUCACCCUGAAUGGAUUUACAGUAUUGUGCAAUAAUGACUGGCUAACUGUACAUUAUGCCUCUUAUUACAUGGUUACAUUCUAAUUAAAACAAUUUGACAUUUUUUAGUUAGACAUUUAUUUUAGUUUAAACUAUUCUAUUAUCUUAUUAAAAAGAGGCAUCAGAGUGAUACAAGACAGGUGAAACUAGCACAGCUUUUUGGGUAAUCAGUAGGGGUGGAAGAAAAAGAUUCUCUGAUGCAUGGCGAUUCUUUCUGCAAAGAUUCUGAAUCGAUUCUCAAACAUUUAGAAUUGAUUCUUAGUUCAGUUUAAACUGCAGCAGUGGAUUGGUGCUUAUGUGCCAGGAAUAUGCCAGGAAGUUAAAGCUCGGUCACAAAUGGGUCUUCCAAAUGGACAGUGACCACUAGCAUACCUCCAAAGUUGUAGCAAAAUGGCUUAAGGAGAAAAAAGUCAAGGUAUUGGAGUGGUUAUCACAAAGCCCUGACCUCAGUCCAAUAGAAAAUUUGUGGGCAGAACUGAAAAAGCGUGUGCAUGCAAACGAGGCCUACAAACCUGACUCAGUUACACAAGUUCUGUCUGGAGGAAUGUGCCAAAAUUCCAGCAACUCAUUGUGAGAAGCUUGUGGAAGGCUACCCAAAACAUUUGACCCGAGUUAAACAAUUUAAAAGCAAUGCUACCAAAUACUAACAAAGUGUAUGUUAAUUUCUGACCCACUGGGAAUGUGAUGAAAGAAAUAAAAGCUGAAAGAAAUAAUUCUCUCUACUAUUAUUCUGACAUUUCACAUUCUUAAAAUAGUGAUCCUAACUGACCAGUUGAACGUCUAAUUCUACAAUUAAAUUUCAGGAAUUGUGAAAAAUUGAUUUUAAAUGUAUUUGGCUAAGGUGUAUUUAAACUUCUGACUUCAACUGUAUUUUUACGACAUUUAGAUAGGUUAAUAGUGAUUUGCUAGCUGAAUCCAUGUGUUAUUUGAGCAUAUAAAUUAUUCUUGUGAUGAGAACAAUGUUGCACACUGAUAAUCUGAUAUAUCAACCUGUUCUAAGUUGGUGUAUUGGAUGGGACAGCAGGUUUAUCACUAACAAUUUCCAUACUUUUGUUAUGCCAGCAAAAACACAGUCCGGGUCAGUUAGAUAAAAUUUUCAGGUCAAUCAGAUUUUGUGCAUUUCCUGAAUGGGCUAUAAAUAGAAUAGUUUCCAACCUUGGGAUGAAUCACUGUUCAAGAUAGUUUUAAUAGAAAUCUUUGUCUUCCUGCUUUUGGCUUUUUGCAAGUAAUGGACCAAUACUUUGCCCUAUCCUUAUCACAGUCUUCUUGCAAGCAUAUGAAACAGAAUUGGUGACGGCAUGAUGUGCAUAUGACAAACUUGCAUCCUGUUUCAUGAAUAAUCAAAUUGUGACACUUGGGACAAGCUCGGAACUCAGGAGACCCAAACACAUUACUCUUUGGAUCUGACACUACUCCACAGGUUAGCAGUGUAGAGAUCAGUGGGCAAAUGUUGUUGGUACAGGCAGCAGAAUCAGGGUCAGUUGUAGAAGUGCAGUGGUAGAGGCAGGAUCCACACAGGAACUGAUUGGGAAAGCAUCGAUUACAUUGAAGCAAUGCACUAGAGCGUCCUUUUAUAUCUGCAGGUUUCAGUGGGGAGAAACACACCAGGCACUGUGGCAAAAAAAUAAGGCAUGGGUGGUAUUUAACAACCAUUCUCUGCAACUAGUUGGUUCAUAGGUUUGAUGACACAGUGUUAGGUUUAGUUCAGUAUUUAGUUGACAAUAAUAUAAAGAUAACCUGCUGUGUUUCUGGGAUCAGGGUUCUUGUUGUCUUUGAUAUCCAUUAUUCUCUGUGUUUAAAAGGGAGAAGAAAGCACCUUAUGCCCAAAGUACAGAACAGUCAGAACACACUGACUAAUUUGAUCAGUGUGCAGUAGUUCAGGGACAGAACCCACAGAGCUUUGUGAUAGCAUUGCCAGCACUAGUGCUCUAAUGAGUAUCUCCAUGAGGGUUAACUGUCUUAAUGCUGAACAGCCAUUUUGAAUGCAGCAGUUCUCUGGUAUUUAUGAUGCAACAAUAUAGUAAAAAGUUCACAUUAAAAUGUCUUUAUCAUAAAGGAAGAGUAUUCUCACCUUUGGUGAGGCAUUUCCCUCUUUUCUGAGCAGAUCAGUCAGAUCAUUCACCUGUGAAUUACCUACAGAACAAUGAAUGGCAUUUUUGGUGGGCAUUACAACAUCUGAAAUGUGCAGUAAGAGACUGUAGCUUAAAUUAGGUACAUUCUGACAUAUUCUCAGGACUAAGUGAAAGUGAAAGUCACCCUUUGUUUUUAUGAUUAUCACAAAUGUUUAGUAUAUUCAUAAGUCAGUUUAUAAUCAGUUCUAAAUAUUGAAUGUUAUAAUAAACAGGACAAAUAUACCAGCUUCCAUUGUUGUCUUUCCUCCUGCAUUCCACUGUAUAACUGUCUGUCUCACUCUUCUUUCCUUCCUGCUGAUCUGCUGUUCCAUUUUUGUUUUUAUAUCUGUGUUUUCAGAGCCUUUUGUAUUUUUCAAACUAAUUGGUCCGAUUCUUACAGUGGGUUCCAUCUGAUCUGUUAUUAAAUGCUGUAAAUAUC